GUCUGCCUGUUCUUGCUCUCUGUUUAACGCCAGAGUGGAACUGCACUGUCUUCAACUUUAUCAGGAAAGAAUUUGGAAUCAACAUGGACACAACUGGAAAGGUGAUAAAAUGUAAGGCAGCUGUGGCCUGGGAGCCCAACAAGCCUUUGGUCAUUGAAGAAAUCGAGGUGGCUCCUCCACAGGCCAAUGAGGUUCGCAUUAAGAUUGUGGCAACUUCAGUGUGCCACUCAGACCUGUACCACCUGUAUGAGGGAAUGCACAAAGAUGGCUUCCCUGUUGUACUUGGACAUGAGGCCGCUGGAAUUGUGGAGAGUGUGGGUUCUGGAGUCACCGAAUUCAAACCUGGUGACAAGGUGAUCCCCCUGUUCCUCUCACAGUGUCGCAGUUGUCUUUUCUGCAAGAGUCCAAAGACCAAUCACUGUAUUAAAUCCUGGAGUGAGAUCCGCCAAGAUGCUAUGACUGCACCCGACUCAAGGCUCAGCUGUAAGGGGAAGAAAAUCCUGCAGUUUUUAGGAGUUAGUACUUUUUCGGAAUACUCUGUGGUCAAUGAAAUUAAACUGGCCAAGAUCCACCCUGACGCUCCCCUGGAUAAAGUGUGUCUCAUCGGCUGUGGGAUUUGCACUGGAUAUGGAUCAGCUGUUAACACAGCUAAGGUAGAGGAGGGCUCCACCUGUGCUGUGUUUGGCCUGGGAGCUGUGGGUCUUGCUGCAGUUAUGGGCUGUAAGGCGGCAGGAGCCAAGAGGAUUAUUGCUGUGGACACAAACCCUGAGAAGUUUGAGAAAGCCAAGAUUUUUGGAGCCACUGACUUUGUGAACCCCAAGGACCACAGCAAACCCAUCCAUGAGGUUCUGGUGGAGAUGACCAACGGAGGAGUGGACUUCUCCCUGGAGUGUGUGGGGAAUGCAUCUGUCGUGGAAAGUGCUCUUCACUCCACAGUAAAGGCCUGGGGGGUGAGUGUGAUUGUGGGCUACACUGUAGUUCAGAAGUUCACAGCUCGACCUGUGGACCUCAUUUGUGGACGCACAUGGAAGGGGGCGCUGUUUGGAGGAUUUAAGGCUAAGGAUGGGGUGAUGGAGAUGGUCAAACGCUACAUGGAAAAAAAGCUGAUGGUGGAUGAGUUUAUUACACACAACAUGGACUUGUGUCAGAUCAUGGAAGCUGUAGAACUCAUGAAGAAGGCAAAAUGCAUCCGGGUCGUCAUGAAGACCUCUCCACAAUAGAUCAACAUUACUGACCAGACUUGACAGACAGAAUUCUGUUUAAAACCUUUAAAAGACCUACACUACACCCACAACCACAUGCAGGGACAAAGUUCAACCAUAGCUGAGAGGUAACCCAGUUUAGUACAGAAUUUUACUAAAAUGCUGUGUUAAACUGCUCAUAAAGUUGAUUCAUGUUUCUCCUUUAAUGAAAUGAUCUGCAGAUUUGUUCAGUGUUGCUCCAAUAUUUGACAUGAAAUGCUAAUAUGUAACUUGGGAAAACCUGUUUAGGAAACAUGAGGGCAAAUGUUUGCAAUGCAUAGUUGAGAUGAGUUCCUUCCUUUUCCAUGAAAUACAUUUGAAAUAAAAGAUUCACAGAGCA